GUUAAAAUGAAGCCAAUUUGAGCGCAGCAGAUUCAGCUUAGAUCCGCCCAGCCAUUUCUCUUUAUCUUCUUCCCCUUCACAACUCCUAAUCCGCGCGCUAAAAUAUUCAACUACGGAAGAUUCAAUCGAUGAGUUGUUUCAUAGUUGAGAAUUUGGAUGUGUAUCCUGAUGGCUUGCACGAGCAGCAUUGAACUUUCAUCUAAGAGAAAAUGCAUUGGUGGUUUGGAAACAAGUUGCAGAUUCAAAAUGAGAAACAUUUGCUGGCUUCUCGCCGGCCGAGGAAGGAAGUUUGGUCGGAUUUCUACAAAAAUGUUGUUACUUGCUGUCCUCUUCUUGAUAUAUUUCGUAUACUUUGGGGUAAAGAUGCAUUUAUAUGAGACAGUUAUUUUGGAAGACGCUGAGGAAGAAACCAAGGCGAAUAGCGUUCCAGAGCAAUGGAAGAAUGUAUCAAAUUAUGUAACAAAGCAACCAAAAAAACCGCAUAGGCAGCGCUACUCUCCUUGUGAGGUACCUUUUCUUGAUUCCGUUACUUACCUCCAAGAGCCUGAGGAUAAUGUGAAGCUCGCUCGUUUUUCCUUGAGGUAUCUUGAAAGAGAGCAGGGGAUCCUUCCUAGUGAAGCACGAUUUGGAGGACAUCAGAAAUUUAUGGAUAGAGAGAAAUCCUUCCGUGCAACUAAUCAAACUAUUCAUUGUGGCUUUGUGAGAGGACCUGAUGGAUUUCCAAGCACUGGUUUUGAUUUGGAUGAGGAGGAUAAAAAGUUUAUGAAUGCUUGUAAAAUUGUUGUAUCCUCGUGCAUCUUUGGGAGCUUUGACUUUUUGAGAAGACCAACUAGCAAAUUGAUAAGUGAGUACUCCAAGAAAAAUGUUUGCUUUGUUAUGUUUGUUGAUGCGCAAACUCUAGCUAAGCUCUCAUCCGAAGGAAAUAUCCCUGACGAAAGAGGUAACAUUGGGUUAUGGAGGAUAGUUGUUGUGAAGAACUUACCAUAUGAAGAUAUGCGGAAAACUGGAAAGGUGCCAAAAUUUUUGUCGCAUCGCCUUUUCCCGUCUUCUAGGUAUUCUAUUUGGGUUGAUAGUAAGUUGCGCCUUAAUGCCGAUCCAAUGCUGAUCAUCGAGUACUUUUUGUGGCGAGCGGGCUCAGAAUAUGCUAUUUCAAAUCAUUAUACUCGUCAUUGUGUUUGGGAGGAGGUGCUCCAAAAUAAACGGCUAAAUAAGUACAAUCACUCUGUUAUUGAUGAGCAGUUCCAUUUUUAUCAGUCUGAUGGUCUAACCAAGUAUGACUUGUCAGACCCGGAUAUUCAUCUUCCAAGCUUUGUUCCUGAAGGAUCAUUCAUUGUCAGGGCACAUACAGCAAUGUCAAACUUGUUUUCAUGCCUUUGGUUCAAUGAAGUUGAUCGAUUUACAUCACGUGAUCAGCUGAGCUUUGCUUAUACUUACUUGAAGUUGAGAAGGCUGAAUCCUGACAAACCCUUGUAUUUGAAUAUGUUCAAGGAUUGUGAACGCAGAGGAAUCACAAAGUUGUUUCAUCAUAGAGCAGAGAUGUAGAGAUUUGACCAACGUUAGGUUGAUGUAAAGCACACAAAAGGCGACCAUUUUGCAUAUUUGGCUCAAGCUUUAGCUGUAGUGGUUGUGCAGUUAGCCAAGUAGAAGAAUGUCGUUUUGUUGUAGCCUCAUGCUGGAAUUGAUUCUUUGAUCAGGUCCUGAUUCCGAACUUGAAACUCUGUAAAGAAAAGGGAAUGUCUUCUUCGUUCUUCAAGUGCAAUGAAACCAUCACCUAAAUCACUAGAUUUUGUUGUUGAUGAGCAUUUACUUAUGGGUCAUGUGAGGGCAUCCAUUAACUAUUAUAUUUCCAUUUUGGAAAGUUCUACGAUAAUUUAGUCCUUUUUAUUUUUGGCAA